GUGGGACCACCCCGGGAGUGACUUCCCGGGGUGGGCGGUGGGGGUGGGGAAAGUGUGGAGCGGGCAGGCCGGGCUGCGCUCCAUGUGUCCCGGGGGCAGAGGGCGGCGGCCGUAUAUUGCGCGCCGCGGGACCGGUCGCCCAGCGCAGGGCCCGGAUCAGCAGCCGCGGCCGGAGCUGCGUCCGCGGCCCCAGCCGAGCCCGGGACUCAGAGCCUUCAGCGAACCGCCCCGUUGAUUUCCUCUCACAAUGGAAUUUCAGAAGUCACCUGAUGGAGGGUGGGGCUGGGUGAUUGUGGUCGUCUCCUUCUUCACCCAGUUCCUCUGUUACGGAUCCCCGUUAGCUGUUGGGGUCUUGUAUGUAGAAUGGCUGGAUGCCUUCGGUGAAGGUAAAGGAAAAACAGCCUGGGUAGGAUCCCUGGCCAGCGGAGUCGGCUUGCUUGCAAGUCCUGUGUGCAGUCUCUUCGUCUCAUCUUUUGGAGCGAGACCCGUCACCAUCUUCAGUGGCUUUCUGGUCGCUGGAGGCCUGAUGCUGAGCAGCCUCGCUCCCAAUAUCUACUUUCUGUUUUUCUCCUAUGGCAUCGUUGUAGGUUCCAGUGUGGGCCUGUUCAUCUAUGCCGCACUGCAGAGGAUGUUGAUUGAGUUCUACGGCCUGGAUGGAUGCCUGCUCAUCGUGGGUGCUUUGGCUUUAAACAUCCUAGCCUGUGGCAGCCUGAUGAGGCCCUUGCAAACCUCCGACUGUCCUUUUCCCGAAAAGUCAGCUCCGGAGAAUGUUCCAGACCGAUACUCCCUCUACAACGAGAAAGAGAAGAACCAGGAAGAAAUGAGGAACUUCCAAGACAAGGGCUAUAGUAGCGAAGAUAAAUGCUUGCCCAAGGGUGACUGGGGACGGGAGACUUCCCUUCCUAAAAACCCCACCGUCGCUGCACACACCAAGGAGCCCGAGCCGUACAAAAAGAAGGUCGCGGAACAGACUACCUUUUGCAAGCAGUUUGCCAAGAGGAAAUGGCAGUUAUAUAGGAACUACUGCGGAGAGACCGCGUCUCUCUUUAAAAACAAAGUCUUCUCUGCGCUUUUCCUCGCCAUCUUGCUUUUUGACAUCGGAGGGUUCCCACCGUCGCUGCUCAUGGAGGACGUCGCGAGAAGUUACCACGUGAAGGAAGAGGAUCUUACCAUGCCUCUCAUCUCCAUUUUCGGCAUCAUGACAGCCGUGGGCAAGCUUCUUUUGGGCAUCCUGGCUGACUUCAAGUGGAUCAACACCUUGUAUCUCUACGUAGCCACCCUGAUCAUGACCGGCCUGGCCUUGUGCGCAAUCCCCUUUGCCAAGAGUUACGUGGCGCUGGCGAUCCUUUCUGGGAUCUUGGGGUUUCUUACUGGUAAUUGGUCCAUCUUCCCGUACGUGACCACGAAGACUGUAGGGAUCGACAAAUUAGCCCACGCCUACGGAAUACUUAUGUUCUUUGCUGGCCUUGGGAACAGCCUCGGGCCACCCAUAGUUGGUUGGUUCUACGACUGGACCGAGACCUAUGACAUCGCCUUUUAUUUCAGUGGCUUCUGCGUCCUGCUGGGGGGCUUCAUCCUGUUGCUCGCCAUCUUGCCCUGUUGGGAUAUGUGCAACAAAAGACUGCCUAAGACAGCAGCGCCAACCACCUUUUUCUACAAAGUUGCCUCUAAUGUUUAGAGGGAUAUUAAGAGGCCUUAUUUCCUCUAUUUUUCUACUUUAUACCAUACGGCAAUGUAUGUAUGUAUGUAUACAGCAAUAUAUGGAUGGAUGGAUAUAUGUAUGUAUGUAUGAAUAUACGUAUGUAACAAAUUGUUAGGCAGGCGCUCUAGAGUCACGAUCUUAUAGCAAAAGUACUCUGGCUGACUCUGAAGAAGAGCACACGCUCUGUCUUGUGUGUGCCUUGUAUAGCCUUGAUCCUCCCUUGUCUUCCCCUCCCCCACCCAUCGAGAAGCGGGACCGUUCCGUUCUGUUUCACGGUUGUUUGUUGUUCCUGAGUUCAGGAUGUAAAACCAUUGAUUAGCCUCGCACCAUCUUCUCUGGGUGAAGUUGAAAGUCUCUGCUUUCCCCGCGAGUUCUCCAAGGUGCUCAGUGGGACCCGCCUUAAACCGUGUGCUCCUCACGACUAGAUUUGUGUGAAGGAGUAAUGGCUGUCUCCUCGAUGUCAGAGGCCUGCGAGUCCAGAGAAGACCCUGACCCGUUUUCCGGAAACAAAAGUGGCUGUAACACCACUGAGCCGUCGAAGACCUUAGACGAGAUAGUUUUAAAUCGCAGCUGUCUCACGUCCGUUUUCUCUUUUGUUGGGCUUGAUGAAGUACUGUGGGGCAGUUUGGUGUCCGCCGCCUACGAACUUGCUCGAUUCCUCCAGCAGCCCACCUGCAUGGCCACUCCUGGGACCUUGCUCCCUGGUGUCGAUCACCAUCCACUCUGCCGAUAUCUCCUAAGACAUACUGGUUUGCUGGUUUCUGGCUUGGAAGUACACCUUUGAACCAUUCCAUCCGGCCUUGCGUGUCUUCCAAAUGAAACCCAUGUGGUUUCUCUCGGGCUUCUCCACGACUGCAUUUCGAUUUGUGGACAGUGCUAAAAAAAUGAUGCUCUCGGUCCAUACGAUGUGGGAAAGGACAGGGCAAAGAGAAAUUGCUACUCUCACCCAACCAUGUUCUCACCCAAGAACAAUGUCUGAGAAUGAAAAUAAUGUUUAAUAAAUGGGCUUUUUUUUUUCCUCUAUAGAAAUGGAUUUCAGCUAUGGUAGGCCUGAAGAUCCCCUAUAGAAACUUAAGUGCUUGCUACAGUGCUUUUUGUUUUCCUUUAUUUUUUGAGACAGAGUUUCUUCUGGUAUACCUGUAGCUGUCCUGAACUUG